GACGACUAAAAUCUUCAGAAUUGAACUGGAACGGAAGAAAAGUAGGCCUUGUGUCCACGCUUUUGGUUACUUUUCCCUUCUAUAUUGCUCCUAAAAUCUACACUUUUCGCUGUCUUGUAGCCUUCAGAUAACGGUUAGUCGUCCGUGCUGCUUCAACUGGGUGUAGACAUCAUUUUCGCAAGAUGUCUAGCAUUGUGGAAAAAGUUGGGAAACAACACCCACGUAUAGCUGUGUGCCAGUUGACAUCGUCUGCGGAUAAAGAAGAGAACUUUUCUGUUUGCAGAUCACUUAUUGAGAAGGCCAAAUCUCAAGGAGUACAGAUGGUAUUUUUACCAGAAUGUUUUGAUUAUAUUGGAGAAUCCAUAAAGCAGUCUUUGGAACAAUCUGAGAGUCUUGAUGGUCAUUUAGUAUCUAAAUACAAGGGUAUUGCUAAAGAACUUCAAAUAUGGUUGUCAUUGGGUGGAUUUCAUCAAAAAAACACGGACCAAUUUGUGAAAAAUACACAUAUUAUUAUCAACAGUGAUGGCCAUGUUGUUACAACCUAUGAAAAAAUCCAUAUGUUUGAUGCUGACAUCAAAGGCUUGCGUCUACAUGAGAGUGAUUAUACAACACCUGGCAAAUGUAUUAAACCCCCUGUAGUGACACCUGUUGGAAAAGUUGGCUUAGGGAUUUGUUAUGAUUUACGUUUCCCAGAAUUAGCUUUGAUUUUGGCCAGACAAGGUGCAGAAUUAUUAACUUAUCCUUCUGCUUUCAUGGAACCAACUGGUAUUGCUCACUGGGAAUCAUUACUUCGGAGCCGUGCCAUUGAAAGCCAGUGUUAUGUUAUAGCAGCUGCACAAGUUGGCCGACAUAAUAAGAAACGCUCAUCAUAUGGACAUGCAAUGGUAAUUGAUCCAUGGGGAACCGUUAUUGCUGAAUGUAGUAAAGGAAUAGGGUUGUGUACAGCAGAAAUCAAUAUGGAUUUAUUACAUGAUGUCCGGUUAGAGAUGCCUGUCUGGCACCACAGACGUAAUGACCUCUACAAUCAAAUAUAUUCUUUCUCAACUGAAAAUACCACUGUAGAUGAACAGGAAACAUAUAAAUUUGGUCACAUUGAUAUUCCUUCAUCACAAGUAUUUCUUAAUACACCAUUCUCUUUUGCAUUUGUCAACAUCAAGCCUGUAUUACCCGGACAUGUUUUAAUUUGUCCAAAACCAGUUGUUUCUAGUUUCUCUGAGGUAAGCGAUGAACAUACAUCUGAUUUAUGGUGUACAGCACGCAAAGUCGGUGAUGUAGUCAAGAAACAUUUUAAUGGAACUUCUCUGACUUUUGCUAUUCAAGAUGGCCUAGAAGCAGGACAAAGUGUUAAGCAUGUUCACGUUCAUGUAAUUCCAAGAUUUGCUGGUGACUUCUCAGAAAAUGAUGACAUUUACAGAAAGCUGCAGGAAAAGCCUGUUCAAGGCAAAACACUAAAGCUUAAAACUACGGAAGAAAUGGAAGCAGAGGCCAGAGUACUUCGUACUUACUUUACGUAGGACAUUUUAAACAGACCUGCCUACUGGAAGCAUAUAGAUUCGGUGAAUUAAUGGCAUUCGUAUCACAUGAAAUAAAUGGUAUUUAAAGAAUGAGUUUAUUUUUCAUAGAGGAGAAUUAGUGAUGUCAUAUAGCCAGCAGCCAAAAAUGUCUGACCAUAUGAUUACAACCAGACUAUUUUAAAUAUCUUGCGACAUGCAUAGCUAUUAAAUGUAUGGCCAUUUUGUAAUAAAUAUUUAUCUGUCGAUGUAAAAAAAGGAGCUGUAUAUUUACAUCAAGACAAACAUUUCCUGUCUUGUGAGGAUUCCAACCAGUUCAAAGUAGACUUGCCAACCUUCAAGUAAUUCCCAAAAAUUUAUUAAGAGUUUGCUUUUUUUUUUAAAUGCUUAAUAAUAAACACAGUACAUGAUGAAAACGAUGAUGAUGAUAAUGAUGAUAAUAAUAUGGAAAACUCAUUAAUAAAUUAAAAUUCCCUUUUAUUGUUUUUCCUUCAUAACACCAGAUAUGACGACAUUAUUUAAAAAGAAAAAAUGUUCACUUUCAGGGGUGUUUUUUUUUUUUAAGUUUUUUUUUUUUUUUUUGCCUAAAUUUGUCUGAAAUCAUUUUUGUUUGCGCCUGCACAAAUAUAGGUUUCAGAUAAAAAUCAAAAGUUUUUAUUUAUUUAAUUUUUUUUCCAUUUCAAUUUCAUAAAGUAAAUUGCAAUACAUUGAUUUUGUUUGAAUUUGUGGGCCAUAGUCUGUUGCUUUAGAGGGACUUCAUCAGAAUAUGUGUGUACAGGCAUGUGUAAUCUCAGCAAAAUAACAAGGAAAAAUGCAACAUGCUACUGAAUUUGAGAAAUGAAAGGAAUAAAGCACAAGGAAAGGAAAAUCGUACACGUUACUACAGUUGGUUAAGUUUGUACUAAGAUAAGCAAUAAAUAAAUUGUACACUUGAAGCUAUCCAUAGCUAUUAAAUAUUUGAAAUGUCUGAAACUGGUUAUAAAUGCUUAGUUGAGAGAAAAUUGUGUGUCCUGUAUAAAUGAAAUUAAUUCCAAAUUUAAAAAGAAAAAAAAAUGGAUUCUUUCAAAGUGGAAUAGAACUAUGGUAUUCAGAGAGCAUUUACGAGCCAUCAUAUUGGCACACUUUCUGUUUAGCACCCAUUUUCCAGGUUUACAUGAGUAAAAUUGAGAAGGACCAAAAACCAAGGUAUAUUUACUAGAAAUAAAUAAACCGUUAAGCAAAUAAAUUUACAAUAUUCCUUAAGAAUAUGAAUAAACCCAUAUAACAUUUUGAUUUAACCCUUAGGAAAUUUUUACUAUACAUAUGUGUAUAGUAAAGUUAUAAAUUUAUUGCAACAUGUAUUUUGGCAGAACAAUGCUCUUUAAUUCUAUCCUGUAAAUUUGGAAUAUCAAAUUAGCAAAGUAGACCUAAUACAGAACAAAACAAGGUUAUUCAAAAUCAUUUAGAGAGAAAAGAUGUUUUUAAUUUAAAAAAAAAAAAAUUACUGGAAGACAUGAAUUACAUGUUAAAGUCUUCUUUGAACUAUAUUGACAGAAAAUACACACUUAAAUUACUUAUUGAAAUAAAAGCUCCUAUUAAAAAAUGAAUGUCUACCCUUAGCCAUUGUCGGUAAUCUAAGUACACUUGUAAUGCUACAGUUUACAAACUAAAGCUAAUUCUAGAAUCAUAUAUUCUCGAUUGUCAGCAGAAAACAUGUUAGCAUUUUUGCCAAGGUUUUCCUUUCGCAAUAAAAAAAAAUUGUAGAUUAAUUGUACAAUUUAUAUCUGAUUUUAACAAAAUGGUAAACAAGAAAAAUUCUAAGACUUCAAAUAGGAAAACAUAUCGAUUGAUGAAACACAAUCUGGAGCUACAGCAUGAAAAACCAAUGAAAACAUUCAAUCAGGAAAAGGGUUCUAAUUUAGGGUUUUCCUUUUGACAAGUUUAUUGGUAUUGAAUUUAAAGAGAGGAUAUCUUUUUGUUGAAAUUUUUUUAAAGAACAAUUUGUAUUUCUUUUUGACAAUAUAAAAAAAUCUGUAGCUAUGAAAGUGUCACAACACAGUGACAACACAGAAAAAAAAAAAAGAAAGAAGAAACAAAUACAAUUUAAAUUAUCAUUCAUACCCCUACAAUUUCAUUCUAGUUAUUAAAUAAACAAGAAAAAAAUGUCUGCACAAGCCAUUUAAAGCAAGAAGCAUUUUCUGAAUAUGUCCAUGCAAUAUCUAUACAGGAUUUAUGAAAUCUUUUUUCACACACACACACAUAUUUUAAAAAAUUCCUAUUGUAUAUACACACACAUAAAAUAUGCUGUGCACUAUAUCCGGUCAUUUCUUCUACCUGUAAUUCCGGUAGCUUCUUUAUCUUUCCAACGAUUUGAUCAUUUUGUUUAUCAAACCUAUUUUCAAUUUGAGGCUUACGUCAAACAUCUGAUGGAGAUGAAUUAAACAUAAAAAGGAAAGCAUCUACAAAAUAUUGAACGCACAACUUAUAAUUAACUAUACAUUUUUCUCACGCACACACAUAUAUAUAUAUAUAUAGCUUUAUAUGCAUGGAUACACACACACUAUAUAUAUAGUUACACACAUUUGAAAUGAGCCAUUAAAAACAUGAUUGUUUAAAGUACUGGAACGAUGGGACUCAUUUGUUUUUAUAUUGUUGCAAAUUAAAUUAUUUUCACUUUUCUUUUAAAUCUUAACUCUGAAUGCAGGUACUUUCCUCAUGGCUAAGAUUGCAUUUGGAAUCAAAUAUUUUUAAGAGAAAGAUUACAUAGAACUCAUGAAAAUUAUUAUUAUUAUAGUUUGAGAUGAAUAAUAUAAGAAGUCAUAUAUGAUCUAUAAUGUUUGAAAUAUUGAAAUAAACUUUUAUAAUUAUUUAAUAAAAAAGAGGAGAAAAAGAUGAAAUAUUUUUUAAGACUAAAAUGCCAUACUAUAAAGAGAUUAUUAUGAUGUAGGAAAAAGGUGCAUCCCUUUCUUUUGUUCCUUGAUGCUUUUGAAGGCUCUUUGUAAUUUAAUAUGAUCAGAAGUGGACAAAAAUCAAAUUAAAAGACAGCAUACAUAUUUGGGAAAAUAAGGAAUUAAAAUAUGACAAAAA